GUGAUUUCCCUUCAUUAGUUCUUCCUCCACCACCGCUGACCACUGCGCUGAGAUACAUUUUGUGGCUAUUAUGUGUAUGCGGGGAAUACCUUUGGAAGUUUGAUCACGGAGUUAAUAUGUGUAACUUCGUGGUUUGAUCGCAUAGCGAGUGAUAAAACUAUAAAUAACAUUUAAUACUGGCAAAGAACUAGCACAAAAAGACCCAUAUCGGAUAUUAUGGAUGGCACUUUAGGUGAUACUCUCGACAGCAGAAGACGAUUCAUCGAAGACACGACAGCAUUCAUAGUGCAGGAAUGUUCCUUUCUUGGGGAUCUCCUCGCUCAGAUGUCUUGGACACCAGAAUAUAUUCUGCGGAAAAAAAUAAUGAUCGAAUGUCCACACGAUCGUCAUCAUUAUUGCCAGGAGAUUCAUUAAAUACUCAUGCCUCAAAAUGUGAGCUGCUCAAGAGAGGCUGCCCAAGAGAAGAUCUGGAAAUGCAGCUUCAGAAUGAGGAUGUGUUUUAUGAGAAAGCAGAUUUAGUUGGCAAAGUGCACAUAGAUGAAAAGCUUCUUAACACUAUCAUUCAGAAUCACUACAUGGAAAGUGGUCAAGUUUUCACAGAACAUCGCUCCCUGCCAGUUUGCCCCAGUGAUGCCUCGGCUACAAUGUCUCCUGAAGAACGAAUUGCAGUAUAUAAUUACUGUGUGCAGCAGCUUAAAGAUAGGGGGAAAAUGCCAAACGUAGAAAAGGAUGAAAUUCUAACUACUGAUUGGGAGAAAAUAAUCAAAAAAGGACUGCUAGAACAAGCAGAUGGCAAACCACAAACUGCACAAGAUUUGUUGGCACUGCUGAGAGAUCAGAAGCGGCGACGACAGUCUUACCGAGCUAAGAAUGUUCACAUCACUAGAAAGAGUUACACAGAGAUUAUUCGUGAAGUUAUCAACAACCAGGUGGAGAUGCUGAUGCCCUCACAAGAGAUACACAACAGAUUAGAGAAUCCUGCAGAGAAGUGCAUCGCUCCAGAGAUAAAAGAUCCAAGUCCUGUUCACAGAAGACAACAGUCUCCAGACAGCAGGAAUCAUUACUCUCAAGACCGAAGUCCAUGGGAAAAACAGAAACAGGGAAGAGAAAAGACAAAAACUGCCCGGUGGCAGGAAGACAAGCACUCAAGUGAGAAAGAUCAACAAAAAGGGAGUUCUUAUGAUUCAAGUCGAGGCCAAGGCAGAAAACAAGAUACAAGCUGUUCUACAUCAGAAAGGCAAAAGAAGCGGCAUGCAGACAAGUUGGAUUCAGAGUCCAGGUGGCACAUUAAAAAACAUAAAAGAAAACACAAAAAACAUAAAAGCAGGCAUGAUAGUUAUUCUGAUGACAACCAUUGCAGUUCAUAGGCAGAUAAAGAUAACGUGAGUGUCUGCAUGAUAAGAAUCAAUGGUGUCAAGGAUUAGUGGUAUUUACAUUGUUCAAAUCUAAUCUGUAGAAAGUUUGAAAAUGCAGCACAGUUAGAAGAAAAAAAGGCCAAGAGGCAUAAAAGACUAAUUGCAUCUAAUGGGCAGUGUAAUAUUUGAAUGUCAACUGUAGAUGAUAGCUGAAGCCAUUGUUAAAAUGUAAUUACAAGCUUUGUACACAAAUAGAAAAAUAAAUGCAGUUUUUACUGG